CAUGCAUUCAUUCAUGACUUGAACUUUUCAAUCUUCAAUACAUAUUUCUCGCUUUCGGUUUCUUGCUUGCACCUUGACUCCGUCUUGUAUAACAAGAGCAUUAACGAUACCUGCGUUAGCCUCAUCAGUAAACAUCAGUAACAAUUACGAAUAUUUAGGUCGAGCCUACUCGCAGUUCUUUCUAUCCCGUUUUGAUAGACAGCCGCCAAGAUGAACGCGCCAGACCGUUUCGAGCUGUUCCUCCUCAACGAGGCCUUAGACGAGAAAAAGAUCACCGAGAAGCCUUUUGCUGGCAUGUCAAACACCUCGGAUUUCAUCAUUCUCAAAGAGGAUCACACUAUUGGCAACCUGCUUGCGGAGCACUUCAAGCAGCACCCCCACGUGAUGAUGGCCGGUUACAAAGUUGCCCAUCCCAACGUCCCCGAGGUCUUGAUCCGUCUCCAGACCGACGGCACAGUUACUCCCCGUGAGGUGUUCAUAGAUGUGUGCAAGCAGCUUGUAGCUUCUCUCGGGCAGCUUGCUCAGAACUUCACCCGAGAAUACGAGCUCCGCCGCAUGGCCACCGCGGGAGAGCAGGACAAUAACUCGGGUGGCGGUGCUAACGGGAAGCCUUGAGCGUUCUAUUACGGCGGCAUACAUUCUCAUGAUGCAUUUUGGACGGGGUUGGUCGGAUACCAGGCGUUACGGUUUUGCUUUCAUUUCAACUCAUGUAAAAAGGCAAUUUGUAAUAUUCUAGGGACACAAAAGAAUCAUUCGUCAUGCAGACUAGGACUAGGACCUCCAUCUGGGUCAUCUUAGCCGCCAUAAUUCCAUUGAUUUCCUAACUCCCUGCUCACUCGUCAUGAUAUACGAGGCACAUGCUUCUUAGUACGUUAGUUCAGUAUAGUCGUCGACAAGGAAAAUGCAACCCUGAUUCAUCAGACGAUAUCCCAUAUCCAACCUCGUUUUCAUCAAGCGGCCACAGGCCCUUCUCCUCCCGGAAUCAACUGUAGGAAGUAAUAAGCCUAUGUGUGUAUGCAAUGAUGCCUUGGUACAUACCAUGCAUAUAUUGUUACCGUUUA